GACGAUGAAUCGAUUUAUACCCCACCUUUUUCAUGUACGACUCUUGUCCAUCCUCAGUUCUGCAAACACAAAGAGCCAAACACACUCAAAGAUCUUUACAACCAAGACGACAAUCACCAGGAGCUGGGCAACUUCCACGUCCGUAGUAGCUACAUCAGCGAAAAGUGGAUUGAGGGCCGUGUGGCCAGUCUGCAGAACGCGGUCGACGAGUACUACAAAGCCAAGAAUGAGUUUGCAGCCAAGGCCACCGAAGACCAAAUCAAGCUGUUACGUCACCAGCGUCGCUUUCAGGACGACUUUGACAAACCCUACGUGGACCUGUCCCUGCACGACACCGUCUACAACCUCAUCCUGGAUGGGAAGCACAAAUUAGCCGAGCAACUUUACCGGGACUUCCGGAUCCCCGAUAAACGGUGA